UAGUGACGCGAGGUCGCUGUGUCCUUCCCCACGUGCUUCCUGUAUCUUCCAGAAGAAGCAGCCGUAACCUGCGUGGCUAAGGGGGCUGUCAGGGGCGUUAGAUUAAAUUAUUUUGUUCUCACACAGCGUUUUAAUAAGCACACCGCUAUGCUGAAGUCGUUUGUCCGCGUAGCGGGAGCCGCUGCUCGCUUGUCCUCAGUCUCGCGGGCCUUACCAAUCAACUGCCCGACUCUGUGCGCUCCCAGCUCGGCUACAAUUCGGCCGUUCACCCGCUCCCUGUGGAUGCUGAAUAAUAACGGAGCGUCAUCAGGCUACAGACCCAAACUGUUCAGCUCAAAGGUGUUGGGUCCUUCUGUGUCGUGUGGAUGUGAAGGACUGCACACAGAAGGCGAUAAAGCAUUUGGUGACUUCCUGUCUGAUGAGAUCAAAGAAGAGAAGGUAAUCCAGAAAAACAAAAGUCUACCUAAAAUGACUGGAGGAUGGGAGGUGGGGAUGAAUGGAACAGAGGUGAAACUCACAAAGCAUGCUUCUGGAGACAAAAUCACCGUCACGUUCAAUGUCAACAACAGCAUUCCUCCUAACUUUGAGGAGGAGGCAGUGGAGCAGGGGCAGUCACAGAAAUCGGCAGAGGAGGAACCAGAGAUUGUGUCAACACCCAACUUUGUUGUUGAAGUGACAAAACAAGCUGCUAAACAUUCCCUUGUGUUUGACUGUCAUUUUCCUGAAGAUGAGGUAAGUAAUGCCGAGGGGGAGGAGGAGAGCGACAUCUUUGCAAUCCGGGAGGUCAGUUUCCAACCAGAGGGGGAUGUGGACUGGAAGGAGACCAGUUACACACUCAACACAGACUCCCUGGACUGGGCGCUUUAUGACCACCUGAUGGAUUUCUUGGCUGACCGCGGGGUUGACAACACCUUCGCCGAUGAGCUGAUGGAGCUGAGCACCGCCAUUGAGCAUCAAGAGUACAUCAAGUUCCUGGAGGAUCUCCAGGGCUUUGUGAAAUGUAAUUAAUGUCAAAUGUAAUAGUUUCUACCUAAUAAAGAUGGAGGCUGUAGGGUAAAGUGCUCAGUGACUGAUUAGAUGGUCGCCAGCAGCUGCCACACUACUCUUAGUCAGUAAAGGUUUUAAGUUUUUCUGUAAAGUGUGGCUGUAACUUGAGAGAGAACCUACUGCCAGUUACAGAAGUCUGGGUUUUACUGCCUGGCUCAUCCGUAAAAGUCAGGAUUUCUGAAAACGCCAACUAACCUGUUUUUCUUUCCGUUUUUAAUUGUUUAUUUAUGACGGAUCUGAGCAACUGAGUUUUUGCUGACUGAUGCGGUUUUGUCGAAUGAGUGAGGUGAUGUUUGUUGGAGAGAUGGAAAGUUUGUCCAAUAAAACCGUUUGAUACCAGAA